AUGUUCCGGAACGCUCUCCGACAGUCCACGCGUGCCGUGGGCGCCGUCUCUGCUGCCGGCAGAGUCGCCGCGGUGCGAAAUGCCGCACCCGCCGCUUUCACCGGUCUGCAGGCUCGAUCCUACGCCGACAAGGCUUCACCAACUGAGGUCUCCUCGAUCCUCGAGCAGCGCAUCCGUGGCGUCCAGGAAGAGUCGGGUCUCGCUGAGACUGGCCGUGUCCUUUCCGUCGGUGACGGUAUUGCUCGUGUCCAUGGUCUUGCCAACGUCCAGGCCGAGGAGCUGGUUGAGUUCGCCUCUGGUGUCAAGGGCAUGUGCAUGAACCUUGAGGCCGGUCAGGUCGGUGUUGUGUUGUUCGGUUCCGAUCGUCUCGUCAAGGAGGGCGAGACUGUCAAGCGUACUGGUGCCAUUGUCGACGUCCCCGUCGGCUCUGAGCUGCUUGGUCGUGUUAUUGAUGCUCUUGGUAACCCUAUCGACGGCAAGGGCCCUCUUAACACCAAGGAGCGUCGCCGCGCACAGCUCAAGGCUCCCGGCAUUUUGCCUCGCAAGUCUGUCAACGAGCCUGUCCAGACUGGUUUCAAGUCCGUCGAUGCCAUGGUUCCCAUUGGCCGUGGUCAGCGUGAAUUGAUCAUUGGUGAUCGUCAGACAGGCAAGACUGCCGUCGGUCUCGACACCAUCCUUAACCAGAAGCGAUGGAACAACGGUAGUGAUGAGAAAAAGAAGCUGUAUUGUGUCUACGUUGCUGUUGGUCAGAAGCGAUCCACUGUUGCUCAGCUCGUCAAGACCCUCGAGGAGAACGACGCCAUGAAGUACUCCAUUGUCGUUGCCGCCACUGCUUCUGAAGCAGCUCCUCUGCAAUAUUUGGCGCCGUUCACUGGCGCGUCAGUAGCCGAGCACUUCCGUGACAACGGCCGCCAUGCACUGGUUAUUUACGAUGAUUUGUCCAAGCAAGCUGUGGCAUAUCGUCAGAUGUCUUUGCUGCUUCGCCGUCCUCCUGGUCGUGAGGCCUACCCGGGUGACGUUUUCUACCUCCAUUCUCGUUUGCUAGAGCGUGCUGCCAAGCUCAACGAUCACCACGGUGGCGGUUCUAUGACUGCCUUGCCUAUCAUUGAAACCCAGGGCGGUGAUGUGUCUGCCUACAUUCCCACCAACGUUAUUUCCAUUACCGACGGUCAGAUCUUCUUGGAAUCUGAGCUGUUCUACAAGGGUAUCCGUCCCGCCAUCAACGUUGGUCUUUCCGUCUCUCGCGUCGGUUCCUCCGCCCAGCUCAAGGCGAUGAAGCAAGUUGCUGGUUCUCUCAAGCUUUUCUUGGCCCAGUACCGUGAGGUCGCUGCUUUCGCCCAGUUCGGUUCCGAUCUGGAUGCUGCCACAAAGCAGACUCUGGCCCGUGGUGAGCGCUUGACCGAGCUCCUGAAGCAGAAGCAGUACUCGCCCAUGGCUGUCAACGAGAUGGUUCCUCUCAUCUACGCUGGUGUCAACGGCUACCUCGAUAACGUCCCUGUCUCCAAGAUCCUCCAGUGGGAAUCUGACUAUCUUGCUCACCUCAAGGCAAACGAGGCUGAUCUCCUUAACACCAUUGAGAAGGAGGGUGCCAUCAGCAAGGAGCUUGAGGCUAAGCUGAAGGACGUUACCCAGUCCUUCAUCAAGAGCUUCCUCGGCUAA